AAUAUUAAUUAAAUUUUCCUGUUUCUCGAGUGUUUCAUAAUUUGCAAGUAUGGGUCUGCUCGUCGUCUUGGUUUUCGCAGGACUGUGCACAGCGUCGAGCCUAGCUUGCGUUGACAACGACGGCAUCGUCCGAAUUUGUACCGGGUACGACAUACAUGGCGACUACACGAGACAGACGGAGUGUUGUGAGUGCGCCGCCGGUUGCUGCACACCAACCGUUAAUGAUGUCUGUGACGAUGCGAAAAGCUUCUUUAGCAGACUUCCGCUCUGGGCUUGGAUUUGUAUUGGUGUUGGUGCUUUUGUCUUCUUGAUUGCUUUAAUUGUUGGCAUUUGCUUUUGUUGUGGAUGUUGUUCGUCUGGCAAAAAGACUAUCACCACACACACUGCACCUGCUUCAAUGGGAGGCACUACUGUUGUAGCUACAUCGAAUCAGACACAAAUGACGGGUGCAGCCGGCAGUGGUCCAUAUCGAUACUCCAACUUUGCUUGAAAAUGGUGGUGGCAGUUGACUGAGCGGCAGUGAUGCUCGAAUUUUUAAUGUUUUUGUACCCGCUGAGUACAUGUACUUAUUAUAGUCGUGUAUUUUUAAACAAACAAAAGCUGAUAGUUUUGUAUUACCAUAAGCUCAUUUUUUAUUAGUUAAUUGCUUGAUGUUUUGUAUUUUAAGUUUGUGCGAUACGUGUACACGUAUCCGAAUUUUUGUUUUGGUUAAAAGAUUUUGAAAUCGGGCA